AUGGAGAAGCACGUAACAAAGUAUAUGAUCACAACCGACACUUCUUCUGCUGAAGCAAUAGAAGCCACUCAACAAGUCACUUCAUAUGUCAAUCAAGGUUCUGUUCAAGAAAAUUUAUUACAACUGAUUCAAACAUUAGGCGAAUACUUGACAAAUGACGAUGGCUUCGUUCGUGAAAAAGCCACGGGAUUGCUCUCAGCUAGUCUAAUGGAAUGUCGUCAAGAGGAUAUUAACGAAUCAGCUGUCUCUGUCUUGGUCGAUUUUUAUUGUGAUAGAUUAUCAGACAAGACCUGCGUUCAACGCUUACUGGAUGGAUUAUUUGCUUUAUCAGGCUAUUCUCACUUUACGAGCAGUAAUGCUGUUUCAGUCAUCAAAAGGAUCAUAGAGCGCGUUGAUGUGCAGACAUUUCCUCAGAGUACACGAAAUGCGGCUUAUAGAGUUGUGGAUCGGUUGAUCGAAAAACAUGCAGGUGCACUCAGAUCGAUCAACAAUGAGUUUAUCUUUGGAUUCACUCAAAUUCUCGAUGGUGAAAAAGAUCCUCGUAAUUUGAUGCUUGCUUUCAAGAUUGUAAAGGAUAUUGUCGAUCGAUUUGACAUCUCGACUCAUGUGGAGGAUAUAUUCGAGGUAACCUUUUGUUACUUUCCCAUCACUUUUAAACCACCUCCAGAUGAUCCAUAUGGUAUCACCGCUGAAGAUUUAAAAGUGAGCCUAAGACGUUGUUUGGCAUCCACACCACAUUUCGCCAAAUUUGCUGUUCCUUUAAUACUCGAGAAACUUUCAUCAACAUCAGGAAGCGCUAAAAAGGAUUCAAUGGAGACAUUGGCUGCCUGCGCGCCAGUAUAUGGAGCAGCCUCACUUUUGCCUCAUACACAUGAUAUCUUUAGAUCACUCAAACUCGAGGUAUAUCACGCAACAGAUAAUAGUCUAGAGGAUGCGGCCGUCGUUGCUAUUCGGUCCGUUGUAGGGGCCUUGAGCACAGGCCUAUCCAACCAGGACGGCGAACCAACUGAGAGGGCCUUGAAACCACUCAUUGACGAUUGCAUCGGGACCCUGAAGGAUCCAGACAUGAAAGACAGUAAACAGACGGGCCGUAUUUUACGUGCAGCUGCAUCCGCUUCAGACCCUGCAUGCCAAUACAUUGUAGAUAUCGUAGUACCGUUAGUGCUCAAGCAGAUUCGUGAAACCAAUGUGGCAGUUCUGAAAAAGGCAAAUCUGGAUAUUUUGAUUGAUUUGUUGGAAGCAAGCAAAACACUGUAUGGUGCAGCUGAUGAAAGUGGAUCGGUCGAUCAAGACUUUGUGUCUCCCUUGGUUCAGCACAAGGAACGUUUCUUUGGUAUCUUUGAGUCUUGCUUAACAGCAUCGAACGAGUACAACUUGCUACGUCUGUCGGGCCUUAAUGGCAUUAAACUUAUGGUGCUUUCUAAAGAGUAUUUAACACCUAAUGAAGUCGGCUUGGCUAUACAAUCGUUCAACAAGAUACUCUUGGAUCCAGUCGAGGAUGGAGAGCUCCGAAAGGCUGCUCUUGAUGCGCUCUGUGCCACAUCACACAUCAACAGCUUGUAUAUUAUUGAACAGACGCUGCCUGCCUUGAUGGCCAAGCUGCCCGAAGAUCAAGAAGUGGCUCAACAGGAUAGUUAUGUCUUGACAGCUCUCAAAUCCAUCUGCCCUACUGAAUCUGUUUAUAUUCAUGCUGCACCAUUACUCUUGCAAAAACUGGAUGCUAUCUGCCAACAAGGCAAAACUCAAGUUGAAUAUGCACAGGCAAUCGCUUCUGUGCUUUUAAAUAUCUUGCAAACAAAGGCCACCGAGAGUCACGCUGAUCUUGCUAAGGAAGUACAUACGAUGGUACCUUAUAUUUUCAGAAAAGUCAUUGAAGCCAGUUUGGAUUCGUCUGAUAGUCUCUAUCUGGAUCCUCAGCUCCUACAGACACUCUCACUUAUUGUCAUUACGAUUUUGAUCAAAGUCGAUAGCAGUGAACAAAAUGUCUUUAUGGAUAUGAUAUUCAAAUCCUUUGUACAAGGCGAUCUAGUAGAGUUUAUGCAUACUCAAGGCCAAUUCAAGCCACUUGAUCCAGCUGCGCCAGAAGGACAGCAGAGAACAGUUCAGUUGUUUUCAGCAGUGAUUUGCUCGUUAAGAAAGGAUGUGGCAUUACCAGUGUCGAGCAUGGAGGACUUUUUGAACACGAUGGUAACUCUGGCUUUGAGUUCAGACAUUCAGACGACAAGUGUAUCAAGAAUGAUUGGCUCAUUGAUCAACAAAUGGAAAGACAAUAAUGCCUUGACAGAGUAUGUAAAGACCACCUCAUUGCUCUUGCAGGACACGAUGACUCAAAACCCUCGCGCACUUGAGGUCUAUCUGUGGAUCACUAAGGCUCUCAUUUUACGCGCUCACCCACUAGGUUAUGAAUUGACAGACAAGGUGAUUGAAUGGUGCGGUCUCAGUAUUCAGGGUGUUGCACAUGGAUUCGACAUCCUCGUUGGAGACGAUGUCUAUGCAUUGAACAGGUCAUUAUUUGCAACUGUGACGCUUUUGUACAAGCAAAGAUUCUUCAGCUACAGUUUACCCAAACUUAUUCAAGGCUAUCACUCUGCCCAAUCAAACAUCAAGCCUAAUUAUUUGAUCGCUCUAUCAUUUUUACUAAAGAACGUGCCCAAGCAAAUUUUACUGAAUGAGCUUCCACCGCUUAUUCCACUUUUGAUUCAGUCGCUUGAAUUACCUGAUACAACCUUACGAGUGUCUACGCUCAACACUUUCAAGCUAGCUGUAGCUGAAGCGCCCGAGACUAUUUCUAGCCAAGUCAGCAUGAUCCUUCCUUCACUUCUCGGUAUCCUUCAGGAUCGUUCAAGCUCUAUCCAAGUACGUGUGGCUGUACUAAAUUGCUUAUCUGAGUUCCCUACAUCACUUCCCAAAGACGUCUUGAAGCCACACGUUCAAUCUGUAUUAUGGAAACUAAAGGUUGCACUGGACGACCGAAAGAGAAUUGUAAGGAAAGAAGCAGUAGAUUGUCGAUCGAAAUGGUUUGUGAUUUUAUAA